AUGACCAAGCUAGACUCGCAACCUGGUAGCCGGCAGAGCUCGCGGCUACCGGCCGGCUAUUGUCCAUCAAAAACAGUUUAUUCUGCCAAGAGUAAUAAUUUACUUAUUUUGCAACCGUCCAGAGGACUAAUUGAUGAGGAGUUCAUCGUACUGGUCCAGAAGGUCUCACCUGGUUUCAAGCUGACUGUCCACGCCCUCCACCACUGUGAACAAGGAGACAAGUGGGAGGCUUUCGGGCACUACACUGCCAAUGCCACUGGGACUGUGAAUGUUUCAGAGGAUCUCAGUCUGGGCGGGACAUAUUCUGGGGUCGAACCGAUGGGACUGCUGUGGAGCCUCAGACCAGUUCCAGGCAGCAAACCUAGACUCAGGUUGAGGAAGAUGAACGUCCAGACUCCAAUGGAGGUCACAGUUUCAGUCUACCGGGGUCACGAGACUGACAGUUUUGUGGAUCAAGUGCCGCUGGCUAUUGCAUUGGUGGAGCGCUGGUACAUGGCGCCUGGUAUAAGAAGGAUCCCGAUCACAGAGGGUGGACUCACUGCAACCCUUUUCCUGCCACUAGGACCUGGACCUUUCCCUGGUGUCUUGGACCUGUGGGGGGGUGGAGGGAAUUUAGUUGAGUAUCGGUCAGCACUGUUUGCCUGCCACGGCUUAGCCUCCCUGGCUCUCGACUACCUGACGCCUAAAAUCACAAAGGAAACUGGGAAGAUGGUGGACAAUGAAUACAUUGAGACGGCCUACAGAGUCCUGCAGCAGCAUCCUCAGGUCCUCGGCAGCAGUAUUGCCAUGCUGGGAUUUUCCCUUGGUACCAGUGUCACCCUCAAAAUGGCUGUUUACUCUGAAGUAAUAAAGCUCAGGUGUGCAGUAUGUAUUAGUGGGAGUCAUGUGCAGCCAGUCGAUGGAUCUUUGGAGCAAAUAAUGGAUUUCUUUCAUAAAAAUGCUGCGAAUAUUCGGAUUGAUGAGAAGAAUCAGGUGAUCAUUCGAGACUUGCUGCUGCCCAUCCCCACCGACCCUUCAUUCAAAGUGGAUGUAGGAAGACUCCAGUGUCCUUUGUUGCUGGUUGUAGGUGAGGACGAUCAAAACUGGCCUGCCUACGAGUCGGCAAUGGACAUGAAGGAGAUGAUGGAGCGAGCGGGGAACAGCCACCUGCUGACUGUCCUGUCGUACCCAAACGCCGGCCACCUGAUUGAACCUCCGUACACACCGCACGCCAGAGCCAGCAACUUCAUCCCAAUUAACACACGUCAAAAGAUGGUGUAUCUGUGGGGUGGGGAGAUGGUGGCACAUUGUCGUGCUCAGGAAGAUGCCUGGAAGAAGAUGCUGGUCUUUCUGAGGGAGAAUCUGUACAGCAUCAGAAACCCUCUUCUUACCUCUUUAUCCAACCUGUAAUCAAGGUGAUAACCAUUAGAAAUAGAGUUGCUAAUUUUACUGCCUUGAGAUAAUGUAUGUAAUGAUUUAGCGCCGUACAAAUCAAUUUGAAUUGAAUUGAAUGUGACUCUCAGUUGAAGCCCUUCUACUUUCUUGACUGAAUCAUCAGGACAAUGGAUGUUGAACUGUUAGAAAACGCAUUAAUCAAACUCUUGUACACCUGCUUUGUCAUGCAAUUAUUCACCAAUCAUGUGGCAGUUUAAUGCAUAAAAUCAUGCACAUAGA